AUGUUUUAUCAAGACUACGUCUAUCAGCCCAUCCGCAGCGAGACCGGCAUUCGUGUACUUCUUCUCGAGCCCGCUAGAGAUUACAACGCGCAGUUGUUUGUCAGCUUGCAACAUGUACAGAUCAGCCCAUACCGUCAAGAUGGGUCUAGAGCAAAUCAAGACAUCCCCAGUGCAAGGAGUAGCACAGUUAGCUUGCUAGCGACUGCACCGGUACAAUAUGAGGCAAUGUCAUAUGCGUGGGGCGAUCAGCAGCCGACCGAAAGGUUGACGAUCAAAGGAUCGACACCGCACCAAAACAUCAUGAUCAGACCUAAUGUAGAUACUAUGUUGCGCCAUCUUCGGUCUUCGACACAGCAGAGGCGUCUUUGGAUAGAUGCUCUUUGUAUCAAUCAGAACGACCUUGAGGAAAAAGGUUCGCAAGUGCGCUUUAUGGAGGAAGUCUACCGCCAAGCGAAAGCCAUAGUAAUCUGGCUUGGAACUCCCGAAGAUGAAGCUGGCACUAAAAAUACCACUAUGCGAUUCUUUCAGCAACUCGUCAAGUACGGGCCAGCUGAUGGCCGACAUGAAGAAGAACAAGCUGCAACCUGGGCAAAACUGGAGGCUUUCCUAAGCAGGUCUUGGUUCACACGCCGCUGGACUAUUCAAGAAGCACUUCUGGCCAAGCAAGCUACGAUAUUGUGCGGGAGUUACAUCAUCAAUUUCAUGGUGUUCGCCAAGAAUGCCUUCUUGACCGCGCAACGUCAAGCUCAUCUGACUCCAUCGAUAUCUGGUGCACUGCGAAAACUGUGGAUCAUGUACCGCCUACGAUCUGCUCCUAUACCAGAAGUCCGGUCGGAUCCGUUACGCCUGCUCGUUGAUUUCUCCACGGCCGACUGUAUGGAUGCCCGCGAUCGAAUCUAUGCUCUGAACGCCGUCAGUAACGUCAAGGUUCCAGUCUCGUACACAGAAACAGUAGAGAACGUUUACGUAUCGUAUGCUGAGAUGCAUAUAUCACUGGGAAGUUUCGCUGUUAUGAAUUGCGCCGGUGCGACACAUCUAUCUGCGUCAACUGUGCCCUCAUGGGUUCCGGACUGGCGAUGUCCUUUGGUGUUUACCCCUCUUACGACACGGCCAGUAGAUAGUGCGCAAAAUGAUUCAGAGACCAAAGCGCUGGCUACACCAAGCAUAGACACCGCUGAUGGUUAUGCAAUUCUCGGGAUCAGCGGCGUUAAGGUUGGUAUAGUCUCGCACAUUGGAACCAAAGCACCUUAUCCAGUGUGGGGGCGAGAGAUUCUCUCCAUACUUUUGAACUGGUACAACGUGUUCGAGGCUGGCAAGAUAAAUCUUGUGAAGCAUCCAGGAAAUAAGGAUGAUAGUAGUACGCUCAGUCCAGAUCAUCCAUGGCUUCGAGACAAACACCCAGAUUUCGAGACCGAAGUCUCGUGGCUCUUAGCUCAUCUAAUUGCCGAAGCUCGGGAAGAGACCUUGAAUGCUACACUGCAACGAGGGGAUGCUGAAGUGAGAGCGCAGGAGCUUGCGAACAUCGAGGCAGCAGCUUCACAGGUUUCCGAGGGAUUGAAGAGCAUUUUAAAAAGUCUGAUGCUCGAUACCGCCGAUCGAAAUGCGGAACUUGACAUACAGCAUGACAUAACGUUGAUCUGGAGCUUCAAAGAUCCGCUGAUGAAAGAAGGCUGGUACGAUCGCAAUCUUGAGCCAGAUGAGGUCGUCGAAAUUCUGCGCAGAACAAUUGCUGGUCGGACAUGUUUCUGGAGUGGCGACGGAUCUUUCGGCCUUGGCCCGGCGAGUAUGGAGCUUGGAGAUGUUGUUGUUGCUAUUCCCUCGUGCCCGACACCCUACGUCCUGCGACCAAAACUAGCGGAGACAGCGAAGCCAGAGCAAAAAUCGAACAAGUGGUCGCGAACAUUCGGAAGAGCAACUGAUGAUGAUAAUGAAGAUGAGUACACGUUGGUCGGCGAUUGCUACAUACACGACUACGCGCCUGAGGAUUUGUUUCAAAGACCCAAACAGAUCAGCCGAUUCCAUAUUGUGUAA